AGCCCACAUCCAAAGUUCGCAAAAAAAGAAGCCCAGGGCUUCAAUUGGAGGUUUUACGGUAUAAUAUAAUAUAAUACAAUAUAUAAUAUAUAUAUUGUAUAAUUUACAGCGCAUAGAGACCUAUGUAUUAUGCACAUUACAAAUCCCACUUAUUAUUCUUAGUAUAUAUGAUUGUUAUUACUCUUAAUUGUUUUCUACACUUUUCAAAAUAUUAGGACUUUCAGUAUGUCAUUCUACUCAUAAGUCUUUGCCUAUCCUGAAAAAUUUCCAGGUUAAACACUAAUGCUCUUGGACUAACCACUGCAAACAAUUUCGUUUCUGGACAAUAUUUUUGUAAACUUUAUUUAUUGCGUAUGCAUGUUGUAGUAGCUGAAUAAAAUAGUCUUUUGCACAUAAUGUUAGUAUUUGAUGUUUUCUCGUAGUAGUUGUAUAAAUGUAGAGUACAUAAAAUCGACUGACUGAAGAUGGUUUUUACAUUUCCACCAGUCAAGGGAUGGAGAUCAUGCUAAAGCAAAUCCUAUUCAUAUCAUACAAAGAUCUUAGAAUAUGAUCUUUGAUAACUUAUCAAGGAGGUGGCAGCAGCAGGCUUAGCUUAAUAGUAGCAGCAGGGUAUUUAGCCGUACCAAUCUCAUAAGCAGUAACAACAUAACACCAGCAACAUCAACAUGAACACCAACAACUUCAAAGCCAGCAACGUCAACACUUCAGCAACUUCACCACCAGCAAUCUCAACACCAGCAACCUCAACACCAGCAACCUCAUCACCAGCAACCUCAACACCAGCAACCUCAACACUAGCAACCACAACACUAGUGACCUCAUCACCAGCAACCUCAACACCAGCAACCUCAUCACCAGCAACAACACCAGCAACCUCAACACUAGCAACCUCAACACCAGCAACCUCAACACCACAAACCUCCACUCCAGCAACCUCAACACCAGGGAGUAGGGCCCGAGCUUAUGACGAAUAUGUUCAGUUCAGUUGUAUGGAAAAUACACCAGUAGCCUGUUGAAAGAGUAAAUCAGUCAAAAUACAGCAGAAUACCUCAAUGAUACAUCUUUAUAUAUAUAUAUAUAUGUAUAUAUAUAUAUAUUUAUGUACAGUUUAUAUAUAUAAACAUAAUAAUUGGUUUCUGUAAAUUUCUAUUGUGGCUGCCUUAUGCUAAUCCCUUAUUGUUUUAUCUUUUUAAAUUUUUAAUGCUUUUACUCUUUUUCCAAUUUCUGCUUUUGACUUGUUUUUAUGUAUAUUCAAUUAAUGUUUACUUUAGUUGCCAAUAAAGAUAUUUUGAAUUUGAAUUGAAUCGUAACAUAUGAAUAAACUAAGUAAGAUAUUAGGAUAUAACUG